AUGGGAUUUCAACGGGUGCACGGUGGCCUUGAGAGGGUAGUGAAGAGUUCAAAUGUUGAAAGAAUUAUCGAAAAAAGUCAUCAAGGGGGUUCCGAUAGAUUGCUGAUUAUGCAAUCUUUUAUAGAAUUGCAGAAGACUUAUUUCAAUGGUCCAACAAAGGAGUUGCUGAAUGCAUUUAAUUACAAGUUACAUGGACUAGCUACAUUCAUAGACUACAAAUAUGGCUCGGAUGAUCAGAAUAUGACAGGUUUGGCAGUACAAUUUGGAACAAGAAUUCAGUCUGAUUUAUCGAAUUCUUCCUACUUUCGACACGCUUCUAUGGAUGCUAAGUUUCGCGAAGUAAUUUACUAUUAUCCUGAGCUCCAUCGUUCUUUUCUUUCUCCCUCACAAAACUACUCAAUCGUGAAAAAUAACGUAGAUGCUAGGAAACUCAUUCAGCUGGGCCUCACAUUAUUUGAUCCACAAGGAAAUCUCCCCAACUAUGGGACUGAAUUCUUCUUCGUCUGGGAGUUCAAUUUCAUGGACUUUGAUACAGAUGAAGAUCUCCAAAACUCGAAAUCCAUUGCCUUGCUUAAGCGCCAAAGCAUCGAUUUUUCCAUGAACAAGCUAAUAGGAAUAAGUUCCGCGGACUUUGCCAUCUUGUUUAUAGCUUCUCGACUUUCGAUAGCUAUGAGAUGCCUUGGAGGAAAUUGGACGUGGAUAACUUUUCACAGCAUGUAUGAUUUUGGAUUAUUGGUAAAAAUUUAG